UCUUAAUCUCAACUGAACGAUCUUGUUCUUGUCAUUGCCAAAAAUGGCUCUGAAGGCAAAGAACAAGAAAAAUCAGCAGCAGAACCAGCAAAAGCCAAGAAACAAACAGGACCUGAAAUCAAAAUCUUGGCUCGACCUUCCAAAGAAUCUCCAUAAAAUCAUAGAAGGGAACCCAAAUCUCCACAAGAACAUCAAUGGUGGGGGCAUAAUCAAGUCAUGGAGAUCACCACCAAAGCAAUGCAAUCCACAUUCCAAACCUCCCUUGGCUUCAACUCUCCAACCCUGAUGCCAUAAACGCUGAGAAUUACCCUAGACACGUUGCUCGAAGUGGCUCCAUCGAAACUUCAUAUGCAUACAUGCCCUUUGGGUGCUGGUGUAGACCCUUCUUCAGAAAACUGCCAAGGUACCCUUGGGAAAAUUAUGUGGGGUGCUCCAAUGGCAUCCUCAUAGCUGAAGUUGAACCACUUUACAUGUACAAUCUAUGGAAUCCAACUCAUAGAGAAACGUUUCGACUUCCUUUAUGGGAUCCCAAGGUACCAAUUAAACUCGCUGUGCUUUCUUCACCACCUGAAGAUCAUAACUGCGCAGUCAUGAUGCUAACAGGAAUUAGUCAACCAGCUUUUGCAUUUUGCAAACUGAAAGGAAGGUCUAAUGGUUCAUGGAUAACACCAGAGCCUCAAUGGACCAUGCAAGAUUGUACCCUCACCGAGCCAUUAGGUAGCCAACAGAAGGCUGUGCAAUUCACUAAUGCAAUAGGAUUUCAAGGAAAGUUCUAUGCUUUAAGUGUUCAGGGGAGUCUUGUGGUUAUCGAAGACGUUGAUUCUGUUGCAAAAGUCACUGAUUUAAGUGGCACAAGGAUAUUUCCUUUGGUUUCUUCAAACCAUUUCAGAGAAUAUUUGGUGGAGUCUGAGGGGGAAAUUUUGCUGGUUUUUAUUUUAUCAAGAAAAUCGAGGUUGCAUGGUGUGGAUGGUGUCGAGGUUUAUCAACUGAAUGUGGCUAGAGUCUCUUGGAUUAAAGUGGAGAGUGUUGGGGAACAAGCAGUGUUUGUGGGAAGUAAUUGUAGUUUAUCUGUGUUGGCAAGUGAAGUAGGAUGUAGGAGGAACUGCAUUUAUUUUAGAAACCCUGUGGCUGAUGAAUGGACCGUAUAUGACAUGCAAUCUGGUAGUUUUUUGUGAGGCAAAUCCAACAAAAUCAUCUGCAAUUUGGAUUAAAAAAAUUGAAGAAUAAAUUUUUCAAGCAGGAUAAAACGUU